GGAAGUGGUGGUGCCCCACCUAAGCCGUAGGUUUUAGUAGGCGUGCGCAGUAGGCUUUUCCGGCAGCUGUGCUGUGCAAAUGGUGGAGAAGAAAACCUCGGUCCGUUCCCAGGACCCUGGGCAGCGGCGGGUGCUGGACCGGGCAGCCCGGCAGCGUCGCAUCAACAGACAGCUUGAGGCCUUGGAGAAUGACAACUUCCAGGAUGACCCCCAUGCAGGACUGCCCCAGCUGGGCAAGAGGCUGCCUCAGUUUGAUGACGAUGCAGACACUGGAAAGAAAAAGAAGAAAACUCGAGGUGAUCAUUUUAAACUUCGCUUCCGAAAAAACUUUCAGGCUUUGCUGGAGGAGCAGAACUUGAGUGUGGCUGAGGGCCCCAACUACCUGACAGCCUGUGCAGGCCCCCCGUCACGGCCCCAGCGCCCCUUCUGUGCUGUCUGCGGCUUCCCCUCCCCGUAUACCUGCGUCAGCUGUGGUGCCCGGUACUGCACCGUGCGCUGCCUGGGCACCCACCAGGAGACCAGGUGUUUGAAGUGGACUGUGUGAGCCUGGGCGUCAGAGGCAGGGCAUCCAUGUGUCACCCGGCUUUUGAAAGGCAUCACCAGAAGGGGGGAUCUUCCCCUGGACUGAGGGAGGAGCCACUCACCCAACAAAACUGUGUUUUACCUACCAGGGAAGACCAAUCUCACAUCUGGGGACUGUGGCUGGAGGUGGGCCGAGCCCACUGAGUGCUGUUGUAAUAAAAGGCCUUGUGCCAGGAGCCUGCCAGUAUGGUCGUGGGGUGCUUGGGGGCGAGGGUGAUGGGUCACCCGUCUCUCCUACUCACUGCCCCGUCUCUCUUCCUCCUGCCUGCCACUCACCCCUUCCACUGUCUGCCCCUCUGUGUCCCUGAGCAUGAGAGAUUUUGUCACCUCCCACCCCCACAUCUGUGCCCUUCUUGGCUUCUGCUUUAUGUCUUUUUUUGGUCAUUGAUUUUGUGUUUGCUUUUUAUUUCUCCAGCUACUCUGAAUAUUGUGAAAGUAUAGUUGGUUCCACGGUUGGGGAGACGGGUGCAGGAUAAUGUACUGCAGAGGGGGCCAGCCUGUCUUUGUCGUCAGGCACUUAACCAAAUGGGAGAGGUUGAGCCUCGGUCCUUGGUGUCACCAGGCUGAGAGAGCAGUUGUCCUUAGGAAGCCCCUGUUAUCAGGGGCUGCAGUAUGUGAAGUUAUUAGCUGCACAGAAAACCCAGAAGUUUCUGGGAAGCAGGGGGCAAUUCAUGGUAUAGAGGCUCCUGUUCUUGGUGGCCUUGGAUGCUGUGACUUGGGUGGUACUAGGACUUAUACCUACAUCUUGUCUAGGUGGGUUGCAAGCUGUAAUUUUGUAAGCUCCAUGGACUUGCUGUUUUAAGGCCCAACACCCUGUUAAACACAUAGUAAAGCAGAUGCUUAGUAAGUACUUGUCGAACAAAUAACUUCAUUAAAAUAUUAAUGAGAUCCAGCAAUGUCAGUGUUAGGUGCUUUCUUAG